CAGCGCAGUGGGACGGUCCCGUUGCCAUGGCGGCGGCGUCGGGAGGGCGGGAGGAGGGAGGGAGCAUGGCCGCCCUGGCCCGGCUGCAGGAGAGGCUGUCGGAGCUGCGAGAGGAGUAUUUCCUUGCGAAAAGAUCUAUAGAUGAAGACAGAAAAAUAAAAUACAGAGCUGCUGUCAAAAUCCAGAGCUGGUUUCGAGGAUGCAGGGUCCGAGCCUAUCUGAGACAUCUGAAUGCAAUGGUGAUUUUGAUACAGAAGUGGUGGAGAGGAUAUCGAUGCAGAAAACACUUCAGAAAAAUGCUGGAGACAGCAUAUUUUAUUAUGAAGAUGAAUUUCUACAAUGAAAUGGCUGUCAGGAUCCAGAAAAGGUGGCGAGGCUAUUAUGUUCGGAAAUACAUCCAUAAUUAUUAUGCCCUGAAGAAAUACUUGCAAGCUGUUUCUGUGAAUAACGCAUUUGUCAGGACUGAACUUCAAGAGUACGUAGAAAUGAAGGAAAAUGAAGAGAAAAUGAAAGCCCUAGAAAAGAAAGAAAAGGAAAAGAAAUACCAAGCCCGAAAGAUGCAUUACCUCCUUAGCACUGAGCAGAUUGCAGGCAUCUACAAUUCACCAUUCAGAAAAUCCCCAGACCCAAUGGAACUGCUGCUACGAAAUUCAAAGCCACUGAGCCACAGAAGGAAGCAAGUGAAGAGUCCCUUUGCCUAUGAGCUCUAUGACUGGCCAACUUGUAAGAAGCCCCCAGCUUUCGUCACAGCACUGCCUCUGCCACCUAUUGGCAGACAGAAACCUCAGGGGCCUUUCCGCGAUACCGCUGAAGUAUUGUGGCAGCGCUACAAGCCUUUGGAACCAACCUUGCGAGUGGCAGAAUCAAUCAAUUCACCACUGGAGAAGGCCAGAGAGGGAAUAAAAAGGGAGGAAUGGAGAAAUCCUAUACAUGACAAUGAAUUCCUGCCAUUUUCUUCAUAUCGUAAGAAUGAGAAUGAGAAGUAUGAGCCAUCACUUUGUAAGUCAGGCAAAUAUGUCCAAGAAGCUUAUGGAACCAAACAUUUCAGAGAAGUAUAUCCUAAUAAGUGGAUAGCAGACAAGGACUUUCGAACAGUGGCACCAUCUAUUUUUCUCUUCGAAAAGUUUGGAAAAACUUACUCCCGCGCUGGGCAAAUAGUGUAGUUGUCCUGGAAACUACACAAGACACCUGAAAAGUAAUCAAUAAAUGUAUUUCAACAAAUGCACA